CUUGUUAAAACCUAUUCCCUUUGUUUAUUUUUCUAAUCAUAAUGAAUGCCAUGUAAACAACUGUGUCAUUGACAGAUAACAUAUCGGCCUAGAUAUGUCAACAAUCAAAACAUUUAUUUAAAAAUGGGAACACAACACCAAAAGUAAUCUAGCCCUCUAACAUACCCCAUAAGAUGAACAAACCGGUGCACUAGAUUUCAAGAUGCAAUACUAUUCACCGCAUAACGGAUAUCCGAAUAACGAGGCUGCCUUUCCUUACAUACCAACGCCACCAGUGUUCCCAUGCUCGCAAAUAGUAGGCGAGGGAGACGUGACCUCGGUGACGCUGCCCGACGGGACUCUCCAACUGUACUUCAUACCCGUCUCGCGGACCACCUGCUUCAACCAGUGGGGCGCCAUUCCAGCUUGGUUCAUACGUACUAUUCCUAAUCUUUUUGCAGCGCCUCAGCCGUUCGCGUCGAAUUACCGAGAUAGUACACAAGCCAACAACAUCUUCCUACAAAAUGAUGCAGUAAACGAAGAAAUAUCAAAAUAUCAGUUCCAAUUCCACAGUGACAAACAGACGUCAUCAACAGACUUGCAAUAUUUCUGUCAACCGCCACACCCCUUCUGGUACCCGCGGCAAUCUGUCGAAACUCAAGCUGAACCCGUCAGAUCCUGCGACGUUUGCUGCAGGGCGUGCACCUGCAGGCCAAGCAACCCUGAACCCCUGCAGUCUCGCGGCAGCGAAAUGUCAGUAGACGGCAAGGAUGAAGACAAACCCACAUGCUCGUGCACUAAAAAAGUGAAUAAAGUCCGGUUCAGCUCCGAUAAGCUCUGUGAUAAUUGUAAAAAUAAGUGCAAUGUGAUGCGCUCUACAUCUGAUAAGUCUAAUUGA